AUAAAAAAAUGGAAAGAAAAUCAAGAAAACCAAGGACUAUCCAAAUGAGAUAUCCUGCCCCUUAUUCAUGGUCCUUUGAUGAAGCAUACGACCGUCGUUCAAUGAAAACUAAAAAAGCAGUUCCUCCUCUUGAAAAUAAUGAAAAGAACAAAUGGGUGAAAGCUCAUCCAACAUCAGGGUGUGAUCCAUACGCACCGCAUUUGAAAUAUGGCAUUUUUCGACAAAAAAGUUCUAAUAAAGACAAUUUGUCCAAAAUAAAUUUACACAGAUCGGUGUCAGAUCACCAUAGGAAAAAGGAAAAUAGAAAAGCUGUGAAAAAAGGACCAUCCGAGCAACCAUACUUUACCAUUCGACCGCUGCACUGCAAAAAUUUGUCGGUAUCUCAAGUACUUCAUGUUGAUAUAAAACCGAGAAGCCGAGUUGUGUCUCCGAUACAUAAUAUUUAUAGAUUUAAUAAACAUAUUUGAUGGU